AUGACAACUCAAAAUUUUCCCAAACUUUCAAAUCACAAGCUCUCACUACACUAAUAUUCAUCAAACAACACAUACAUUUCUCUUGUUUUCAAAAUUUUUCGUUAAAUUUCCCAUUAAAAUGUCAAUUUAAAUCCGAAAAUUUAAAAAUUUUAUUCAAAAUUUCAGUGAAUUUUGAACGUCAAUUCGUUGGAUUGAAGUUUAACAGCAGUUAAGAUGGCACAGGAGCCGAGUAUCACCCGUGAGGUGAGCAUAGUCUCAUCCAAAGGCCUGACCGAAGACCGUCCCAAACCAGCCAGUCUCAGUGUAUCCAGUUCCAGAAAGAGUCGACGGUCCAAAACCCCCAGAAUGCCCAUGUUCCUCAACUGCCCGCCUAACCCGCCCUACACCAACUACAUGGACGAAGAGCCGACUCUGAAGUAUUACAAAGAGCGCAAAUUGAGCCACAAGGAGAAGUACGACUAUUCCAGCAUUACCAAAGCAUCGCGUCUACAGUGCCUGACAAAUCUGAGAUACAAGACGAUGGAUGAAAUAGAGGCGGGUGAAAAGUCGACCUAUGGAAAGCCACGCAAGAUUGCGGGCGCUGAAGAGGAGGACUGCUAUAGGACUGAGUUCAUCACAAUUCCGGCCCCAAGAUAUCCACCCAAGACCUCCCAACCAACUGACCAAGACUUAGACACCUUCUCCCUGCCCAGUGCCAACUCGCAACAACCUUCCAACGACCUUGAAGAUCAAGCAACAGCUGAUCAGACUUGCUCCAAGGACAACGAGACAAUUGAGAGUUAUUCUGACACCUCAGUCAGCUAUUUAACUAAAGGACUUGUACCGGCGAAAAGGAACUGUGUACCGGUAACAAAGAAGCAUAAGAAGAUAUGCCAUAGUUUGUAG